GCAACCCAAACCCUCCCUCCCCUCCCAUUCGAUUCUUGCCUCCCACGCCGCCGCCGGAUCCCGCGAUGGCCGACCCUCGGCUGUACCCCACGGAGUCCGGGUCCGACGACCGGCGCGAUGCCGCCUAUCCCGGCUCCGAGCGCCGCCUCUACAACCCGUACCAGGACCUCAACCUCCCCUAUCGGCAGCUCUACGACCUUCCCACCUCCCCGGAGUUCCUCUUCCAGGAGGAGGCCGUCGCGCAGCGCCGGUCCUGGGGCGAGAACCUCACCUACUACACCGGCGUGGGAUACCUCGGCGGCGCCGGGGCCGGGGCCGCGCUGGGGCUCCGCGACGCCGCCCGAGGCGCCGAGCCUGGGGAGCCCGCCAAGAUCCGGGCCAACCGCGUCCUCAACUCCUGCGGCAGCUCCGGACGCCGCGUCGGUAACACGCUCGGGGUCAUCGGCCUCAUGUACGCCGGGAUCGAGAGCGCCAUGGUCGCCGCCCGCGACCGCGACGACUGGAUCAACAGCGUCGUGGCCGGGCUAGGCACCGGCGCGCUCUUCCGCGCCGCUAACGGGCCGCGCUCGGCGGUCGUCGCCGGGGCCGUUGGUGGGGUUCUUGCUGGCGCCGCCGCCGCUGCCAAGCAGGUUGGGAAGAGAUACCUCCCCGCCCUCUAAAUCUGAUUGCGGUACUUGUCUCUGCCCUGCCAUGCCGUGAUCAAGGGAAAUCAUUUCGUCGCGUGGAUGUUAUUUCUUCGUUCUCGUUAAUUAUUUGGGAAGAGUCAUGUUCUUCUCGACAUUCCUAUAUAUUGUUGACAUCCAUAUGCUGGUACUAUAUAUGUCAAAGAACGAUCUGAUCUCACCAGAUCACGAAAUUUUUGGUCCACAUUGCAAUGUAACAUUAGACGCUAGCUGGUAUCGACACAAUAAUACUGCUUUUUCCAUUAUGCUGGAGAACCCAUGACAUUGUGAAAUGUAAUGCUGAGUGUAGUGUAGUUUUGCUAGAUUGUCGCUGUUUUCCUAUAUCUCUUUAAAGACGAAAUUCUUCGCCUGCCCGAUGUAUGUAAAAAAAGACAUGCCUUGAUCUCAGUGAGAUGUUUUAUACGACAAAUGUUGUACU